AUUUAAUAUGAGUCGUGAGGAAGGGUACACGUUAUGCUGUUUUCUAUGUCUCUUUGCCUGUAGGUCUUCCUUUCCCUGCUGCAUCUCUAGCUUUCCUUCCCUCCCUCCUCCCUGCUGCAUCCCUACCGCCGCCCUCCUCCCUUCAUCCCCAGUUCACCUGUAAGCUUUGGGAGGGCGAGGCAGGAUGACUCCAAACGUAGCAGGUCAGUUUGGAGACACCACUUACACCAAGAUCUUUGUUGGAGGCCUGGCUUGGGAGACCCAAAGUGACACAAUGAGGAACUACUUCGAGCAGUUUGGGGAGAUCCUGGAGGCCGUCGUGAUCACUGACAAGAGCACCGGAAGAUCCAAAGGAUAUGGGUUUGUGACCUUCCGUGAGCCGGCGGCUGCGAUGAGAGCCUGUGUCGAUCCUUCGCCGGUGAUCGAUGGGAGGAGGGCUAACUGCAAUCUCGCUUCGCUUGGUGCUCACCGAUCCACGCCUACAACACCCCCACAUGGAGGAAACAGAAGUCUAAGGAUGGUCAAAUCUUUUCAUACAGGAUACCAAGGUGGGAUGGCUGCAGCUUUUGCUUCUCCUGCCUCCUUCCCUCAUUAUGCCGUCCAGCAAGGUGCCCCAUAUGGUCUCUAUGGGUACUCUCCAUACUCCUCUGAAUACAGCUACCCGAUGGUGCAAGAAUUGCUUACUGAUCCCUUGCGUUGUAAUGGCCAGAGUUAUUACAAUGUCUUUGGAGGUGCAACUGCGCAAUAUCCAGUUCAUGGUUCAGCGGCAGGAACGGUGACAGGAACCACUGCCUUCUACCCAUACUUCCAGUUCGGGCAGGGCGGCGGCGGCGGCGCUACAGUCGGACACGGCUACAGCAUUCCAUAUCCUCCGAUUCUCCAUUAUUCAGCAGUGGCCUCGACGACGACGGGAUUGACGGGGUUCAUGCAGCAUCUCGGAGGGCCAUUGUCCAUUCCACCCAGUCCUCCUGCACAACCAGGCAUGACUGUGGCUCUCACAGCUCCAGCCCUGCCAUCUCCGGCCGGCUACCACCACUGCGCCUGAGCAACCCUUGGCUUAAAACCAUGGUUUCAUUCUCCUCUUCUUUCUCCCAGUUGUUUCCAUCAUUCGUUUAAGAACCACGCAUGCGGUCAUUCCUUAGGGUUUGGUUUCCCAAAGGACUGCUCCAAGUCCAGUACAUGAUGUGGUGGGCUCCUUUAGAAUUCUCAGCUUGCUUUCUGCCCUAGGAAGGGCUCAAAGCAGCUUCCCCCAAGGUGGGGAUAACUGACACCAUUACCCAGCUUUGCAUUCGACUAACACCAGAGUCCAAGAAGGGCUUGCAGCUAAGGAUGAGAGCCCAGGAAAACCUCAGCCAUGGAGAGCUUGAGCUGACUCCAAGACUUGUACCUUCAGAUGACAACACCAUUUGGCAAAACCCUAGGAUGUAGACAAGCUCUUCUGUGACCCCUCCCCAACCCCAACAAAACCUAAUCCCUUCUACCAUCUUUACCUAACAAUGGUGACAUCAAACACUCAGCUUAUCCGGGCAGGGAUAAGAUGACCUCGCUAACCUUCCUGUCCUGUCAGUAAUCAGUAGACACUCAUGAGGCUUGGCUCUGAGGUUUUAGCCCCAUGCAGGAGGACAGGUCCAAAGGAGUGUGCCAGUGUUUGUUUUUGGCACUAAGUUCUUCGCCACUUGUCCAUGACUUGACAUGAACUCCACAGGCUUUGGAGUCCCCAUCCCGCCCCUUGAGGACCCAAUGGGGGAUCUUUUUUUUUGGCCCCUUCAGCACCACCAUGGUUAGGUCCAACUGCUCUCUCUCUCUCUCUCUCUCUCAUUCAUGAUUUAGUAUUAAGGAAGACUUUGUUGCUUUUGUAUGCACUUUUAUUAGACAUGGGUUGUAAUAAUUAGUAAGCUUUAGUGCUCACCAUGACAUGAACUGCUGAAGUGUGAAUGUAGUUUGAUUCUGAACUUUUUCCUUUUUCCUGCCAAAGUUAUUCUUUUCUUUUUCUUU